AGAAAACCUCGCGCCGCACAGUCCACGCAAGUCCACGCCGCCGUCGACCUUGGAUCUACGCAAGUCCACGCCGCCGGCUGCAACUGUGGAUCGCCCUUGUCUUCUCGCCCGCCGUAGCUGUCUCCGGCUGGUCCACAUCCCUCGGAAAAGCCGUCAGCCACCGCUUUCUCUGGCUGCUCCACGCCCCUUGCCAAGGUCGCCGGCCACCGCUGUCACUGGCUCAUCCAUGGUCCUCGCCAAAUCGCCAGCUGCUGCUUUCUCCAGCUAGUCCACGCCCCUCAGCAAAGUCGCCGGCUGCGGCUAUCGCUAGCUCGUCCACGCUCCUCGCGAAAUCGUCUGGCUGUCGCUAUCUCCAGGCCGGCAAUCUCUGUCUGCACUCUGAACCGUCGUUGUCUCCAACCAGGCACUACUGUCUCAAUUCCGUUGACAACUUCAUCAUCUUUCAACAGCUAGAAAAGUGUGUCGCAGAUGGACAGAAGUUGGGUGAAUACUAGACUAUUUAGCAAGGCACAUCUAGAUGGGGUCACUGAGUUCAUGAACUUUGUUUCUGAUAAUUUGGGUGAUAGACAGGAGAUAUUGUGUCCAUGUCGUAAGUGUUUGAAUCGAGUACAUCAACAUAAAGGAGAAGUUGAGACUCACUUAUAUAUUUAUGGGAUGACCAACACAUACACUAUAUGGAUACAUCAUGGAGAAGCCUUGGAGGUUGGAUUAAAUGAGAAUUUUGAAACUGGGGAUAUAAUUGACUGCAAUAUUGAAGCUAGUGAUAGGGGCUGCAAUGUUGAAGUUGAGAUGAAUGAGACUGAAGAUGACCCAGAUGAUGAUAGAAUCCAUGAGAUGGUACAUGAGCUGUACACAGCUGAAGACCAUGGACCAACAACAAAGUCCAAGUUUGCAACCAUAAUAGAAGAGAUGAAACACGAACUGCACCCUGAUGGUCCAUAUACCAGAUUUUCUUUUGUGGUAAAGUUGCUACACAUCAAGUCAUUUUACAGAAUCAGCAAUGUUGCGUUCACUGCUUUUUUGAACGUGUUAAGUAUAGCUUUUCCUAAAUGUUCUAUUCCUGCAUCUUAUGCUGAAGCGAAGAAAGUUAUUCGUGCAUUGGGACUUGGAUAUGAUUCAAUACAUGUUUGUCCAAAUAAUUGUGUUUUGUUCAGAAAGGAGUUGGCUAAAAUAGAUAAAUGUCCAGUAUGUGGUGCUUCAAGAUGGAAGGAUGAAGAUACAAGAAAGCAAAUUCCAAACAAGGUUUUGAGGCAUUUUCCUGUGGUUCCAAGGUUGCAGAGGAUGUUUGCAUCCAAAAAGCUUUCAGAGCAAGCACAAUGGCACAAGUUGAAGAGAAAACCAGUGGACAAUGAGCUUAGCCAUCCAGCUGAUGGCGAGGCAUGGAAGGAUUUUGAUAAGAAAUAUGACUGGUUUGCAAAAGAUGCAAGGAAUGUCCGACUUGGCCUUGCUACUGAUGGAUUUAAUCCAUUUGGGAAGAUGAGCGCCUCGUAUAGCAUGUGGCCAGUAUUUCUUAUCCCUUAUAAUUUUCCACCAUGGGAAUGUAUGGAGCAAUCCAACUUCAUGAUGGGCCUACUCAUUCCUGGUCCGACUUGCCCAGGAAAGGAUAUGGAUCUCUUCUUGCAACCAUUGAUUGAUGAGUUGUUAGAUCUUUGGAAAGGUGUCCCUACCUAUGAUGCCCUAACUAAGAAAUCAUUUGAUCUUCAUGCUGCAAUUAUAUGGUGCAUUCAUGACUAUCCAGCACUGAGCACACUUUCAGGCAGAGUCACUUUGAGGGCUCACAUAAUGGAGAAGAUCAUGACUUUUAUGGUCAGCUGAAAGAAAUAAUUCAGUUCCAGUACAACUCUGAUUCGAACAAUCAAAGGACAGUAGUUUUAUUUCAGUGCAAUUGGUUUGACACUUAUAACAAGAAGUUUAGAAUUAAAUGUGAUGGACAUUUCAAAAGCAUCAGCCAUGGAAGUUGCUGGUACAAGGAUGAUGCUUUCAUCUAUGCCACACAGGCAACAAAGGUUUUCUACUUGGAAGAUAACAAGCAUGGUGAGCCUUGGAAAGUUGUUCAAAAGUUUUCGCAUAGGCACUUGUGGAAUGUGACUGAACAGGAACAUGAUGACCUGUUGGGCCAGUCGGAGAAUGAAUUGUCAUACCAAGAUGAUGAGCAAGAAAAUAUUAGUUUUCAGGUUACAAAUCUUGAUGAGAGACCUUCGGUCAACGAACAACUUAGCAAUGAUGAAGAUGGUAUUACUGUUCAGGCUUCCCUAGUUGAUCAGAUCCGGAGGGAAAGGGAAUUGGAAGUUGAAGAAGAUGGCUAUGAAGAUGAUGUGGACGAAACUCUAGGACAGUAUGACAGUGAAAAUGAAAGGGCAAUGACAAUCCCUGAUGAUGAUGGUGAAUAUAGUGAUCUUGAGUAAAAUAAUUGUGGUCUUUUGUGUUAGUUCAUUUGCUACCUGUGAUCUGAAGACCAAAUAUUUGUGUGUUGUGAUCUGUGAUGUUAGAACAUGGAUAUAUGGUGGCUACGUGUGUUGUAUUCUCUAAAUAUUUAUGACCUGUCAGUUGGCUAUGUCAUUUUAAAUUUCUAUGCUUA